CGACUGUUCUUAACUUCUUGUUGGGUUAGUCCAGACUUCAAUUUUGGCAAUAUGUGGUGGAAAUUGCGACGAGACUACGAAAGCCUACCACAAUCUGAGGGGAAACCAAGAACCAACAACUCUCAGUGGGCACAAUGGUUCACACAGCGUAUGCCACGAUUGACGGUGGUGCUUGGGGCUACUAAUGCCAUCACUCUUAUUGCUUUCCUAUUGAAAUCGAGUGCUACUCCGUCGAGGGAAAUCCUUGUAGAACAAUGCACUCGAGAGCUGUCCACAUUUUCACCAGCCUUUGAGGCUGUGAAGUACACGGCGCCAGAUCACUACAACGCCGAAUUCAGGCAAACAAAUAAGUGGCGCGGCCCUCCCGGGACACACUCCAACGAAAUUGACAUUGCAUGGCAUGAAAUCGAGCUUGGAGCAGGAGGCAUCCGGGUCACGGAAGAAGAAGUCAAAAAACUGAACAUGACCGAUUCGCCAGAGAUGCCGUUCCACAAAAUCCCCGAGGAUCAAGGUGGCGGGUAUUUGGCCAUGCUAGAGGUCUUUCAUUUGCUCCAUUGUCUGAACUCAUUGCGAAUGGGGCUAUUCUUCAACUACGACCACUACAAGUUUCUGGACGAGGGUGUCCCUGAUGAAAACAUACAUUCCCACUUUGAUCACUGUAUCGACAUGCUGCGGAUGAAUCUGCAAUGUCAAGCCGACGUGACGCCCGCUCUCUUCGUCGACCCGCUCAACAACCCUUUGAGGCGAGACGCUCUCCCAAAUUGGUCCUCCAUGCACACUUGCAGAGAUUUUGAUGCAAUUUUGGAUUGGAACAAGCACGGCCCGAGAUCUGUGCGUUGGCGGGAUGCCGGGGCCAACCCAUCGUGGGAUCCCGCUCUCGAGGGAGCAGAACAGCCUUUCCCACCAGAGGGAGUUGACGAAGGCCAUCACCACUGA